CUCCCUCCCUCCACCACACCACACCACACCACACCUCGCCUCGCCUACAGGACUUUAGCCUAGCCUCCUCCUCUAGAGCAGAAACGCUGGAGCCGGGAGGCCGCUGCUUUCCGCUCUAAACUAACCUACUGCCUGGACAACAUGUCGCGGUGUAGCCUUUUCUACAUUAGCCUGCUUGUUUUGGUGCUGCGUUAUUCCGUGGAGUCUUGUGUUCAGAGGCAUGUUCAAGCACAGGUUCCUGAGAAGCUGCAGGCUGGUUAUGUGGUCUCCAAAGUGAACCUGGAUCAUUGUGGCUUCAGGCAGCUGUAUUUGGUCUCCAAUGACCCAGACUUUGCCGUACAGACUGAUGGCACAAUUCUCACUGCGGAUGUCAUCACGGUGCCAGACGAUGGCAAAUCUUUCUGGGUGCUGGUGCAGGACCAGAGGGGUCACAAGUGGAAAGUAGAUGUCAACCUUUCCCCCAUUGAUCAGGUGUCUCAGAAAUCCAGCAGUGCAGUUCUCAGACGUGCUAAGAGAAGAUGGAGUCCUCUUCCUUUCAACAUCAGAGAGAAUGAUAAGGGUCCUUUUCCCAAGGAUGUGGAGCGUAUUGCAUCAGAUUCUUCAGUAAAUUACACGAUUAAAUACAGUAUUGAGGGACCUGGCGUUACCACUACGCCUAUAAAUCUGUUCUCAGUCGACUCCAUCAAUGGCAUGCUCAGAGUUAACUUCGCUGUUGACCGUGAGGAAUACCCUCAGUUUAUAUUUACAGCUCGUGCAUUUGACAGAUAUACUAAUCAGGAGAAAGACCUGCCUCUCCCGAUCACUGUGAAUGUCCAGGAUGAGAAUGAUAAUGCUCCUCAGUUUUCCAGCCCUCUGAUCUUUUCUGUGGAGGAGCAGAGCAACCCAGGAACUGUUGUAGGACAAGUGAAUGCCACAGACAGGGAUGAGCCCAACACCCCUCACACCAGCAUCAGAUACUCUUUACUGAACGGCACAGACUUGUUUGCCAUCAACUAUGACAGUGGACUGAUAACUACCAGAACUGGAACACUGGAUAGAGAGACUCAGGACAGGUACUUUGUUAGAGUUGAAAUCAAAGACAUGGGCGGAGCACCUAAUGGGCUCUCCAACCAGGGCUUGGCCAGUAUCUUUCUGACAGACAUCAACGACAACCCACCCACCUUCAAACAAAGCCUGUACACGGCUCAAGUGAAGGAGAACCAGGCAAAUGUUCUGGUCCUCAGGAUCCCUGUGGAUGAUAAGGACCUGAAAGGAACCCCAAACUGGAAAGCAGUGUAUGAGAUUACUAAGGGCAACGAAAGUGGAAACUUCUUAAUCAGGACUGACCCUGCCACCAAUGAGGGGCUGCUCUAUGUUGCAAAGCCUCUGGACCGGGAAAAACAGGAACUCAUGAAGCUAGAGCUGAUGGCCCGUAACGAGGCACCGCUGGUACGCAGCAGCUCCUCCUGGAAGAAGGUCCCCAUAGAGCUCACAGUGACUAAUGAGGACGAGGGACCAGAGUUCUCUGCACCUAUACUGCGGCUCAAAGUCAAGGAGAAUGUACCCAACGGAACUCUCAUCGGAACUUACACGGCUAUUGAUCCAGAGACUAAAAGCAGCAAGGGUAUAAAAUACUACAAGGUGACUGAUCCAGGUUCCUGGAUCAAUGUGAUGGAGACUACUGGAGAUCUGAAGGUAGCAAACACUAUUGACAGAGAGUCACCUCUUGUCUACAACAACACAUAUAACAUCACCGUCAAAGCUGUGGAUGAGAGUCAGAAGACUGGUACGGGCACGGUGUUGAUCCUGAUUGAAGACGUGAAUGAUAAUGUCCCAAUAAUCCCCAAACCGGACCUUGUAUUGUGCUCAAGGGAUGGUCAGCGUAGCUCCAUUCUUGUUAAUGCAGUGGACUAUGAUGAGAGUCCGUACUCUGGACCUUUUACCUUUGAAUUGAGCAAAGAGAGUGAAGGGAAAUGGAAGAUAAAGGAUCCCAAGCCAGGUACCUCUGUGGUCCUAGAGCAGGUGGUGGAUAUGCCUAAUGGUGUGUACAAGGUUCCCCUGCUAGUGAAGGACCUUCAGGGUGUAGGGGAAGAACAGAUAGUGUCUGUACAUGUGUGCGAGUGUGUGAAGGAAGGAGAGUGCGCGGCUCAGAGAAUUUCUUCCAGACUGGGAGUUUGGGCCGUCCUUGCCAUGCUGCUAGCCCUGCUGCUGCUCCUGCUGCUCUGUCUGCUGUUUGUCUUAGUAUGCAGCACAAAGGGAGAGAAACUGCGCAUGACUGAUGAGUAUGAUGGAACUGGGGGAAUGCUGCUGAAGUCUAACACUGAAGCUCCAGGGGAGGAAGUGAAAGAUGCUUUGCUGGUGACGCCUGGCAGUGGGAUAGAUGGAGGUGGAGCCAUGGAGCAUCAGACCGUGGUUGGAGCAGCUGGAGGGGCCUUAGGACAGCAGGCCAUCCAUGCGGGGAGCAUGUACCAAGGUGGUACGCAGGGUUACAUGACAAACCAGAGCAUGUAUUCCACUGGACAGUAUGGCGGAGGCUUUUAUGGCAACUCCUCUUACAACAAGUUCUCUGACAUGUCCAUCCUGGACACAUGGAGGACCAAUGAGCUUUACCUGGACAAUAAACUGGUCUAUUUUGGCGAGGAGGAAGAUGGGCGGUUUGCGGCGGAUCUGCUGAAGUCUUAUGGGUACGAGGGGGUGGGUUCUCCUGCAGGGUCUGUUGGGUGCUGCAGUGUUCUUAGUAACCAGGACUCCCUGGACUUCCUUGAUUCACUCGGGCCCAAAUUCAGAACGCUCGCCGACGUGUGCAUGAGCAAAACGGAGAGGGGUGAACAGUGAGACUGCUGGGCUGGAGGGGUUUUGGAGCAAUUAAAUGGUGUAAGAAAUGACUUGAGAUCAGUUUGAGUAUUCAUAUGAACUGACCUGUCCUUUCUGAGAAAAAGUGGAGGAUAAGGAAAGAAGCAGAAACACUGGAUGUUGCAAUCAGCAGUCACUGGAAUCUGUCACCAGCGCUCUACAGCCUUUCAUAUUACUGCCUGGAGUUCUCUAACAAUGCUCUGUCUAAGAGAGGACUCAAGGAGAAGAGCUGCUGUAUUCAGAGUACAAUGUGUGAAGUACGCGAGUGUGUGUGUGUACGCUGUUUUUAUUUUAUAGAUGAGCUUUUGGACAACACUCGUGAUUCUUUUGCUGUUUAAAAUACUACAUAUUAGAGGUGCACCAAAAUAAUUUUGAAAUGAUAGUGAGAAUUUAUAAUUAACACUAUUUUGUCAAUAACAAAAUAAAAAAAUAAUAUUAAUAAUUCUCUCUAUAAACCAUGAGAUAAAGUGCAGUGAGCAUAAGAGACAGGUUAAAACUCAAUAGAUGGAACGCCGUUUAAUUUUUCCGUAGCUGUAGCUAAAUCAGUUAUGACAAUUAUUUUAUACAUUUACAUUUGUUUUUUGUAAAAAAUGUACUGUAUUUAGCAGACACUCUAAUCCAGUGCUACUUUCCAUGAUAGGUGAAUAAAGAGGUUUGGAGUCUAGCUCAAGAGCUUAUAUUAGAAUAGUAGCAUAUGGAUACUCUUAUUGGUAUAGCAGUUGUAUUCUUGCCUGGACGGGGAAUCGAACCCAGGCUUCCUGUGUGCAAAGGAACCAUGUUAUCCACUAUGCUCCAUUUGAAAAGAAUGGAGAUGUCCAUCACCACAUAUGCUUGAGGCUGUAUGAGCUAUAAAAUAAGACACUAAAUUAUUAGUUGUAAUUAUUGAAUUACAGUUUACCAGACUAGUAAAAAUAAUGAACUUUUCCAUUUUUCAGCAUAUAUAAUAGGGGUGCAUUGGUGGCUGAUAUGUAUAUAUUUGGUCCUUUCGUUAUUAAAGCAAGGAAUAUUUUUUAAUGUCUGUAAAAUAUGUAUACAUAUUUCUCUUUGUUAAUCUCUCCUCUGUACAAUAAGAGUAGCCUGUUUGAAAACACGCAAGGCAAGAGGAGAGCAUGGCUCUAACAGAACCUUGACCAUGUUAAAAAUUUUUAGGAUUCGUAUUAUCGCAGAAAAUGCUCUUUGUUGGGCACAGUGGCUACUCUAGUGCUCAUGCCACCAUAAGAGGAUCUCAGUCAUCCCAAAUACUUACAUGCAUUUUACCUCAGUUCAUAAUUCGUUCGUUUUGAAAUGUCAACAGGACACGAGACAACAGCCCACCUUGAACAAAUUGGAAAUGUUGCCAUUGCACCAUGGUUUGUGUGGCACGUAUCUCAACACAGGGUAGAAAAACAUGACCCCAGUGAAGUGAAAGGCUGAGAUGCUUGCAAAACCUUUUUUUAUGAUAAUAUGCAUGCUGUUUAUAGUACUGGGCAUCAAAACAUAUUCAUUUUACACUGUAUUCAUGCCAAGCUGAUGCUACCUGAUACCUAAAACACUGGUAUUUCUUUUCUUCUGCAUUUCUACUGUAGAUUACAAGACAGAUAAGUGUUUACCUUCUAUGCAGCUUUUUUGUGGUAAUAUAACUAGCAUGUUUUUGUUUAUGAAAUAACCGGGAUGAAUGUAAAGAUUUCAGAGAGACACUUUAGAACUACUUAGAAUAGUUCUUCAGCUUGUGUCCAUAGGGGAAGCUGGUGCUGGUGUCUUGUAGAACCCUUUAUUUUAGAGGUUCAUUAAUCACCAAGGGACUGCCCCAAGUUGGGAAUUUUGAUGUAGUGCUUUUUUUUUUAAACAGAAUGUGUUUUGGGGCAGAAGGUGUUCUGAAAUCUGGAAUUUAAUUGGAACAUGUGGGACUGUAAAAGCUGAAUUUUGCAUUUUUGAACAUGAAAGUCACACUAAACCCUCCAAAAUGCUUUGCAAACUGUUGUGUUGUUAUUGUCACUGCUUUGUUUGCCUGUUUUUGUUUUAAAGAUUGCAGCUUUUAUAAAAUUAAAAAAAGUGUGAAGUCACGCGUA